ACGUGGCAGCGAUGGCAGUACUAUGAAUCGACGAAACAUGUCCUGUGUAUUUGCAUUCUUUAAAUUAAGCUACUUAACUUCUUUACAUGUGAUACUCUUAGUGCCAGCCUCAACAAGCAUGGAUAAACGACGGUCCUUGGAUGGAGUCAUCCAGGAGCAACCUUUGCCUAUUCCGGUUCAGAUGUUUCUUUGGCGACAUAUAAGGCCAUUUAUUCGAGCUAAGCUAGGAAAACUUCAUGAAGCAUCUUGCACGUUCUGUCAACAUGCGCCAGGCCAUCAUGAAAUGAAGGAAGCAUGCACGUGUCUUGAGAGAGUUUUAGUACAAAAUCUUCACAAUGAUCUGACACCCUCGUUGAGCCCUCUUCCUUACGUUCUCCAUGCUACGGCCAGUCUUUUGCAUAAUAGGAAGGAUUUUCAGAGUCUCGGCACGAUGGAAACGACUCUUCUUUAUAUUCUCCACUGGAUACUCCUAGAUUCGGCUGAGGAAUGCUCCGAGAACGAAGUCGAUCCGUCAAAUCCUUUUUUUUACUUAUUUCCGAUACCCACCAUGACGCUCUUUGUCUACCUGUUUGCGCCUUUGUUUAAUCAUUUAAAAGACAUCGAUUUCAAGACGAAUUUACGAUUAGAGAAUGGCCUAAAAAUAUGGUCCGCCAUGUACGAAUGCCGACAUCCGGAGGCAUCUUGCUUCACGGCGCAUUGCCGUGCCAAGCCGCGUAUUUAUUGGAACCGGACUUUUAAAUCCGCCAAGCAUCACAUAUUGUCCGAUGAUGUCUUUGUCGGAGGAAAUAUCGAAAGUCCACUCAACCAAUCGUUUUCGGAUCAAAGCGCCCCACCGUCUUCGAAAGCAAUUGACGAUGAUCAACAGAGUACUUGGUUGUUAUCACCAAAAGACACAGUCUUCCCAGAAACCAUUCCUGAGGAAAGCUCCGGCGCGGAGGACGAGCAUGUGGUAAUAUUCAGAUUACCAUCUUUGAGUGAAUCGGAGAGAAUGCUUGAUGGGGUAAAAGAAGUUUCCACCAUAUUUGCAGGUGAAGCCAGCAUCUUUCACGUCGCGAUGGGCAGGACGACCAGCUCCUCGAAAUCUACAUUGACGAUAGAGCAGGUCACAGCAAUUUCUGGAUUAGACACGUGCAAACAAUAUCAUGGAAAAACAGCAAAAACCGGAGAGGCGGAAAAGGAAAAAGAGGAGAAAAUUUGUAAGGCGGAAAAAGAACCGCAGGAAAUUUCGAAAACACAUGAAAGUGUCUCGGUUCAACGUCAACUUGAUGAUGCAACGACGGAGCAGGCUGCCGGUUCUGCAGCAGUCGAUCUGGAUGUUCGAGCUGCAACCUUCCUAGACGUAGCCACUUUAAGGUGUCUAUUCGUAACUCAAUGGCAAGAAGAGGGUAUCUUCUGGGCUCUUCAGUUCUUGUAUUAUCGAUUACGAAGAAUUAACGAGGAAAUCUCAGUGCAGCAAAUGCCACGUCGCCGAAGCAACUCCCUGCCUAUACCGAAAAUUGAGGUGUCGAUUUAUCAAAGCCCCGAAAGUAAAAAGAAGGAUGUGUUAAAGGAUUUUAUAGAGGUGCCCGACACUCGUGAUACCUCUCUUCUAACGGGUCCCGAGAGCGAAUCAAGCCAUACAAGACGCGCCAGCGAAAAGACGAAAAAGCGCAUGAAGAUGGCCGAUCUCAAGGCUUUCGUGGAAACAAAACUGCUGUCGAAGUCAGAUAAGGCACUUGAAAAGAUUGGCCAGGAUGAGCCCAAGAUGUUGUUCGAGCAGGAAUGUCACAGAAGUCUCGAUACCGGAGAUGAUCAUCUGACGAGGCGAACUUCGACCAGCUCAAAAAUUUUCGAGGCGAAGGACGUUGACUACAUGAAACAUCCUACAAACCUAAUCAAAGGGAAGAGUAUGCCGAGUUUAAGCUGCUUGAUUAACGAGCUGACCGCGGGAGGAUACGUCGGUGAUACUCGCAUCGAGAGAAAACAGAGUCGUUUCUAUAGCCAAUCUUACACCGCGCCGAACCCUAUCAUUACCGUCACGGAACACACACCUACCCCAUCUCCAGAUUACAUGAAGCGGCAGGGAUCCAUUGAUAGUCAGUUGGAUCUCAUCAGUGUUCAAGGAGGACGUUUAUGCUCCGAGAGGAAACCCAGUCUCACGAGAUCUCAGACGGAUUCUAACAUCACUUAUAUGAGCGACGAAAUGCCAGAAGCACCAGGCUCAGCAUGUUACAUUACCAAAGAAGGCGAUAUUGAUUUUCAAGUCGUCUUGAAGGCGAUACAUUCCGUUGCGUUGCGAGAUAAUGUUUCUUGUACACUACGAGUCUGCGAAAUUAUGCUGAAUUUAAUUGAACUUUUAAUGGACAUGGGAGUGAUGAAGCAUUGUCUUCGGGAAGAAGCCACCGGCAGUAACGCAGGAUCUGGUACAGGAAUUGACAACAAAUCGGAAACUGGGAAGAAACAGGAUUCGCCAAUGGGGUUAAAUCAACAGGAAUGUAAGCACGAUGAAAAAGGCAAGCCGACAGCACACAAUCUCCUUAUGAAUUGCGUAAUUAGAGUGUUGAAGCACUUAGGCUGUCCGCACGGUUGCUUGGACGGAGUGCGUGGGCCUCAGGCCGAUAUCUGUCGCUCUCAGGGCCAGACCAUCCUGACUAAACUGCAUCGCGCGAGUUCCCGCCAAUUCUCGCGAUUUUUAAGAACGAUGAUACGCGAACAACCGCUGACGGAAAUUAUGGAUUUCUUUCAUGCGUAUGUUGGAUACUGCGUUGAUCCGAGUUCGCUGUUAUCGCCGCUCAACCAAAAACGAAUAUCGAGCAAGUCGCCCGAUGCAACCUGUCAAAGUGGAUAUGCGACGAAUUUCGGCGCCGGCAUGAUCGGUUCCAGUGCCAGUGGAACCGGAGUUGGUACCUCGGGCAUCUCGGGCGGAAACGUCGUUGCGAUGGCCGGCGGCGUCGCGACGUCGUACAACGUCGGCGGUUACGGAGCUCGUGGUAUCGAAGGACAGAUCAUAGCCUACGUCUUCAAGGUCUUGGUCACGCGUCUUGUCGACUCCGCGAAGCAGAUGAAGGCGCAAGAGAACAUCAGCCUCUAUUGCGAUGUGCGACAGUUGAUGACAUAUGUCAAGGAGGCGCACGGUAGCGUUUUCCGGCGCGUUGCUCUCAGCGGUAUUCUGGAUUCCGCGGAUCGGCCGAAUAAACGGUGUAACAGCAACGUGCAAACGACACGUGUCAUAAGACACAUUCAUCAAUCAGAUUUAGAGGAACAUGCGGAUAUCGGGGGAGAUACGUGUUACACCGUUGAUGACAGAGGCACGCGAAAGUUUCUCUUCAAAAAGAGGAGCACAUCGUCCACCUGUGCUGCGGGGUCGAAUUUGCAGAGCCUCCUUGAAACAGAACUGAGCGAAGAAAGCGUGAAAGUCAGUCAAAGCCCGUUAGGUAAUCUGCGUAAGAAGCAUCACGUGCUGACGCCUCGACAGAGCGAACGUAAUUUAGGUAUCGGCGAACCUUAUCUCGGGCCUGGAAAAAUGCGGAAGUCGACUAGAUUUCAGAUCGGCGGUAUCGUCAAUUGGUUUCGGAAGGAGUAUAGUCGGACUGAUUCUACCGAUAGCCAUGAAAGUAGCGAAUCACCCACAGACGGCAGCUUUGUUAGGCAACCCAGUUUCCAUUACGGUCCUUAUCGCAGCGCGUCACGCACCGGUCGCGGAGUCAGCCUAACUUUUUUAAAGGCAAAACGUCGGAUGGAGGAUCAGCUGAAUAAAAUCGGUUUCGGAAAAAGCAAGAAAAAAGAAAGCAUGGAAGAGACGCCUGGCAGUUAUUUCAGUCGGAGAAAUUCAAUGGAGCUCGGCGAGGCUUGCAGGGAAUCCGAGUUUGUUGUCUUGAAGGAAAGAAGAUUGGUACCUCGUGCUGCGGUAUUCAACGGAAUGUUACGAUUUUCCUUUCUAUUAGAAACAUGCCAGCCGGGCUCAGUUCCCGAUCCUCAUCUAAUGGCAUCGCUCUUGGAUCUUCCGUAUGCUCCGGUAGUAUCUCGCGCUUGCUUGAUACUGGAAUGUGCACACUUGGUACAUCAAUGCAACAAAGGCCACUGGCCUGCGUGGAUGAAGCACAAUUUUCCCAUGUUCCGACCGUCUGUGCCGAUAAAUAAUCGAAACGCCUCCACCGCGCUUAGACGCGUUCAUAUAUUGCAACGCACUGCAGGAAAAUUAUUUUAUCAAUGGGCAGAGGCUAUAGGAGCACGCUUGGAAGAAUUCUUAGCUGAGGAUAAACAUAAUAUGGAACAAGUAACCAAUAUAGUAUCCGACGAAAGCAAACAGAGAGAUUUAAUUCUGGAAGACGAAGAGGAAGAUUUUCUCGAUGAAGCUAGCAUAAACAGUUAUGGAUCCCAAUGCCCCUUCGCGUUGCGUCACGUUGCUUGUAUUUUGCUCCUGGAAGUAACAGCAUUCUUAAGAGAGACUUAUCAAAUAUUACCAAAGUCAAGUAAACUGCUAACAAAGGAACGUCACCCACCUUGGGAAAGAAUGUAUAGUCGAGAGGCGAAUCGACGUUGGAGCGUGGCUUUAUCAUCUAUGGGUCAUUCACAAGCAUCUGCGCAAAGUCUUCAAUCUAUUGCCGGUGAAGUUAUUAAUCGUGAAGGUAUCGCAGAGCGUAAAAUUAGUUUUGUUCUGUACGAGCCUGAUAAUGAGUCCGAGGGUAGCAGCAAAUCGACGGUUACGAUCCAAGGGGAAGAAGCCCAAAACAUUGAAAAAGAAAAAGCGAAAAGGAUGCCAGCACCUCCAAGUAGACCGUUCCUCCUUCGUCGCAGUCCUGCUGGAACUGGUUCGUUUAAAAAAAGGAGCCUUAAACUUCGUCGCAAUACUAAAGAAGGCAAAGACACAGAGUGUGAGGCAUAUACAGUAAAACGAACAGAUUCGAUUCAAUCUAAGAGGAAAGUGAGCUCGCUUUCCGAUAGAAGCGACACAUCCGAACCCGGUGCUGCCGGCGAAGUUAGCGGCGAGGAAUCACCGGGUAUUCUCAGCGACGAUCAACCACCAGAGAGCCCGAGCGAUAGCAACGAAACUGACGAAACCAACAAGAAUUUCCCGUGGAUGAAGGUGCUCGUACAGCUCGCCAAUUCCUUCAAUUUCUACUGCUCCCAUCAGAAUUUCUGCCAUCCUUUCUGUCAUCGGCGACAGAUGCGUGCUAGCAGCAGGUUGGUAAAGUCCGUGAGAAAGAUCUACGGCGAGAAAUUUGGCAUUUUGAACGGAACGGGUUUAUUGGACGUCGAUACUGAUAAGAAGGAAGACAGCAAGAAAGACAAACGUAGCCGCAAGGUAUCCGAUCAAACCAGUACGCAGGUUUCGCCUGUCAGAAGAAAAGACAGCGUGGGACGCAAAUACAAAAUAGAAAAAAAUCUUGAUGGUUCUCAAUCCGGUCGAUCAACUCAACGGGAUUCCUCAAAAGAUCUCGCAGAGCAAGAUUCUGAAAAAGGCAAAGAAUCUUCGAAAAAGAUCAUAGCGGACGAUGAUGUUGAAGAGGAUAAAGAACUACCGCCGAUUUUAAAAUACGUGAAGACUCAAGUAAAGGAUGCUUUUCACGCACCUUUGGCUACUUUAAUAAAAGGAGCGGUUGUCAUAACGGAAGACUUGUUUGUGGAAGUGCUGCCUGUCGCGUGGGAACUCUUAUUGGAAUCCAAUCAAGAAGUUGCCGCAUCCGCCGCAGCACUUUUCAUAAUAUCAGCCGUGCGAGCACCGAAUCAGGCCAGCGAGCUGAUGCACAAAGGUCUUCAGCACAGUAGCAGCAGUGUACGCAUCAACGCUAUUUUGCGGUUUCAAGUUCUAUGGAAAUUGCGAUACCAGGUAUGGCCGCGGAUGGAAGAGGCGGCACAUUUAACUUUCAAAGUGCCUCCGCCGGGAAUAGAAUUCACUCUGCCAUCGCCAAAGAUUGGAAUAGAAUCCUUACCGGUGGUUGAUCCGCCUUGGAUGCCACAAGUGAAGACUAAGGUGGAGGAAGUCACCAUCAAUCAGGAACGUCAUAGAUCUUUGGUGACGGCGACGAAGACGAGAAAGAAACAGCAGACCGAACUGAUCAAGAAAGCUCUUCAGGCGCAGGAUGAUAAAAAGCGGGAAGAAAGAGAGAACUUUCUGAUAACGACGAUACCAAUUACCGUCCAGGCUGCUUAUGAACCCAGUCCAGUAGGAGAUGAUCAUGACGAAGGUAAUGUGGGAGAUGAGGAUGCAGGUGAGACAGUCCCGAGGAAUACGUCGCAUCACAGCCAGUCGGCUCUCUCUUUGUUUCCCUCGUCGUUAUGUUCAGCGAUCGUUCAAAUUAUCAAUCUUUUGGAUGAUCCAGCAGUAUCCGAUGAUGGAAAUGCCGUAUAUGAAGUGGCAUAUCAAGUGAUCUGGAGUUGUCUGGUAGAAGAUAGCGCUUUGUUUCUUCGAUAUGUGCUGGAACGUCUGACGAGAGAAAAACAAGAGUUGAUGUUCAAGAUUUUAAGACAUCUUAUUAGAUUUGUACCCAAGUUACCACAGCAAGCUGCAUUCGCACUGUAUAAUUAUAUCAUUGGAUACGUCAUGUUUUAUGUGCGUUCUCCGCACGAGGAGGGCCAAAAGUUGAUUGGAACUGCGCUGUCUAUCUUAUGGAUGGUUGUACACAGUGUACACGGCAUUAUGUUUAAAGACCUAAAGCAGAUUCUGCGAAAGGAACAAUGCGAUGCGUCAAUUCUGCUUACGGCGAAUGUUCCGUCGGCGAAAAAGAUCAUCGUUCACGGUCCACAGGAUCCCGAUGCCGGAGAAAUACCCUCGCAAUUUCCGGUCCAAGAGGAUACGCAAUUUUGUCAGAUACUUCGAGAGUCCUUGGACUUUUUCGGUGUCGAAGAAUCGAAACAGCACGAGUACUUCCUCGUGGAUUAUAAAACGCAUCAAAUACAUAAUCCGUCGUCAUACGUUAGAGAUUAUUAUUUCUUCAAGAGAUCUCAAUUCCCGCAAAUUGAACUCGUUCACAUGAAGCCGGAGGACGCAUUUAAUGCGUUACAACGGCAGGAAUUAAUGCACAAGUUUGUAGAGAUAGGAAAAGUACUGUUGACCUGGGCAAUCUUGAAGAAUGUUGAUAUGGUGGUGCAGAGAGUCGUGUUUCUUCACGAAGAACUUAUGAAGUUACCAUCAUUCCCGCGAAAAGCCCUGGAAGCGGAUUUGGACCUGUACAAAGGUGGCGAAAUCGGAAGAGUGAAGACAUUAGUUAACAAUUCCGAAGCAUUAACAAAGUAUUACAAUGGUCCGCAGAAAUCUAGUCCAGAGCAUAAAGGUUCUAGUCAGAAAAAUUACGGUAAAGGCCCGUAUUCACCGGGUUUCGAUUUCGAAGACGAUACUCAUACGACAAAGUACAUAGAGCACUCGAAAGUUCGACGUUUUUACGAUCGAGACAAUGAGGACGCUGAGAAUUUCCACAAAAACGAAUUUAGGAGACCUCGCAAUACUUUAUUAAAUAUGGUUGGGGAUUUUGUGGCUCGUUGUUCAACUCGUUUGAUAGAACUCAACAAGAAGUCUCAGGACGGAAAGAAUAUCGAGUUAUUGGAUUCAAAGUGCCAUGUGCGAUUAGCCGAUAUCGCUCACAGCCUCUUGAAGAUCUCUCCAUAUGAUCCCACCACUAUGGCUUGCCGUGGUCUCCGUAGAUAUAUGAACGAUAUUCUUCCUUCGACCGAAUGGGCGGCCGACGAUAUGAGACCGGCGUUAACGCUCAUUCUCAGGAGAUUGGAUAAGAUUUUUAGUAAAAUACACAAGAAAGCAUCCGUCAGAAGGAAUACCAAUUGGGUCGCCGCCAGUAAUCUUUUGAAAGGAGUUUACGAGACCUUGUCGAAAAGUCCGUAUAUCGCACAUUUCCAAUAUCUAAAGACACUAUUGAAUACUUGUCAGGCCCUGAUUGUCGGAGAUACUCCACCUGAGGACAUAACUUCGGCUUCUGCAGCUGCUGUAAUGAGUAAGAUACCACCUCCGCAUUUCUGCUCGACGGUCUUACGUCUGAUCGCAUUGCACGUGAUAUCAUUCGGCGAAGGAUAUUCGUUGGAAAAUGUUCUCGGUGGUCAGAGCGUGUUUGCUAACCAGACACGUACCGAGAAUGCAUUAUUGAACUUGUUGAUACCAUUAUUUUUGCGCAUUGGGACUGGAAGAAAAGAUGUACCGAAACUGAAGCAAUCGGACAUCAGUUUUGCUCUAACGGCUGUAUUGAACACUCUUUGGCCGCCGAGCAUGAAAGCACCGUUGACGGUGCAAAAACCAUCGACGGAUAUAAGAACCGGUAGUCUAACAUUUGCCGCGAGAGAUCCGAAAACUUUAACAAAAACAUCGUUAACGUUAUAUCAAGUCGCGUUUCUAGCGCUUAAAAUAAUGACGAUAUGUUUUGAAACUGAAUUGAGAACGGAAUGGCCGAAAGUUUUACGCACAAUGCGUCUUCUGAACAAGCGUAACGAAGCUUCGAUAUAUCUUUGGAGCUUCAUAGAAUUCGUGGUAACGCACCGCACGGCCUUGUACAUUCAGAUGCUUCCGUUCAUCGUUUAUAAGAUCGGACAGGCGCCGAUAUCCGAGCACGAGCGAAACAUGCAUAGCAUUAUACGCGAGAAAAUCAACGGCAGCAUCAAAGUACCAAAAUCUCGGGGAGCGCUGCUGAUGGAUCUCAUUCACGAAUUGAAGAAUCUGAAAGAGGAAAUUGAAGAUCGAAGAUUCGAUGAAAUGCAACCGGAACCUAAGAGAAGCGUAGCGGACAUGCAUCCGAUAGCCGAAGGUCAACCGCGUACUCAAAGGCCGUCUCUUCUGAUGGAUCUUCUGACCGGCGAUCUAGGAUCUAGAGCUCACAUAAAUCGUACACCCUCCGAGACUCUGGUGUCUCAUUCUACAACAGCCCAAUUGCAACCUCAUUCGGCUCAAUCCAACUUCGGUAGUACUGUCAAAACAAUGCAAUCCAGUCAAGUAACAGCAGUGCCGAGCGGUACUCGCAUUGGCGGAUCUAUAUCGAGCGCAGGAUCUUCCACCUUGCGAGAAGCGAGCGACACGAUCAACGGAGAGACCUGCGUCGAACAGCAGACGCCGUCGACGACAGAUAGAUUCCAACCAUCUUCUACUAGCGAUGAACGUAACCAUGUUAAACUUCAUCCUAUCUUACCUCAUCAAAAGGCGCCAAAGCUGCGCUUUGUCUCUUCCGUAGAGUUUAGAAACUCAUCAGGAGAGACAGUGACGAGCCAACUAAGUCCGAGCAGUUUGAUCGAAGACGGUUCUGGAGAAUUCCAUACCGACAGGCCUCGCUUACAACGUUCUAUGGGACAAAGCAAGAAGACCUUCCGCUUAAGAAAAAGUCGAAAGAGUCACAUUGAGAUGACUCAGACAAAAUCCGAACAGCAGGAUGCAACUCUUAUCGAGGAAACCGCGAGCCAGACGAAAUCAUUCGUGCAAGCAUCAUCAGCAUCAGCAGUGGAUCCGCCGUUAUCUAACAUUCCAUCCGAUUCUUCAUCUAUUCGUUCUAGGCGAAGUCUAUCUGUUCGCAAAUCGGACGGAGAUAAAAGUACCAGCGUACCAACGGACCAGCAGCAAUUUCACGUAGCGACUCACCAGCAUCAUCAUUGUCACUAUUAUCAUCACCAUCUGCAUCCUCAGGUGUCGGACGUUUCCUGGGACGAAGAUACGUCCAGCACUUCCGGAUAUCGUGAAUCGUACAGCUUGCAGCUCAUGUCCUUGGACGGUACUAAUCGGUCGGCUCAAGCGCCGCCUUUAGCGUCGCCGGAUCUCAACGAUAUGCCAUCCACAAGCAGCACGACCACUAAUUAUAUAGCUUUCGACGGCAGCUCCCCGGAUUGUUCGAUCAACGGAAGUGGAGGCGAGAAAACCGCUCUGCUAACUUCGAGUCAGAGAACGACGUCCCAACAUUCCUUAUUGAUGGUUUUUCCAAAUCAAGAUGAGGAUACAUUAAUAUAAGCAGUAAAAUAUAUAUCUUUUGAUUGAGACUGAUAAUUUAACAGAAUCAACAAAGAUCAAGAUUUUUUUUCUUUUUAAAAAACAGAGAUAAUUUGUAAAAUGAGAUGCUUAAAUGUUGAAAUUAAUAUGUGAAAUAUUAUAUAUUCAGCUUAUCAUUUUUUACUUUUUAAUUUGUUUGUGACCAAUGGGAUGUAUGUGUCCUGUUGUUAUUUGGCAUAAAAAUGUUUUUAUAUAAAUAUCAUUUAUUUUGCUCUAUUAUGUGUAAAUUGUGAACCAUGUGAAGUAUAGUAUAUAUAUGUAUAUCUCAAAGCCCCAUGUAUUACAUCAAAGUGAAAUUUUGUGAAGCAUAUAUACGCACUAUUAAUUAUAGUUUUUGUAUUAUAUUGAAAGUAGAGAGCUGAUGUAUUAUAUAAUAAAUUUUGAUUCGAUAAUCUUUUAACAAACUCUUUAAACAAGGAGAUUAAAUAAAAGAUGAUUCGGAAAAUUUUGUUCAUAUGCAUUGUAUUUUGACGCUUUGAAAGAUUUUAAACUGCAUUAUAGAUUACCUAAUUAUUUAUAUUCUGCGAUUGUAUAUAUAGAUAUAUUUGAAAUAAAAACGGUUUCUCUCUA